AGCAGGAUGGCUGGAAGAAGACGACCCAGCUGGGGCGACCCAGCUGGCCUUGCGACCCUCUGCAUGCCAACAAGUACAACUAACUUAAAGGAAUGCUAUUUCUCUUUCUUCUUUCUGAAGUACUUUCCAAAGAUGGUGGGUGAGUGGACUACUGACCCACCUGUUAGGGAAAAGAAAUACCAUCCUGACCAUUCUUAUCAUUUACUGAUGCCCACCUUCCUGUCCCCCAUUGGGGACUGAUAAAAACGAGAGCGGCUGAGACCAGAUGGCAAUUCGCAAUCCUCACCGGGGUCAGACUAGAUGACCCCUGGAUUCCUCAUCCCUCCGCCCUUCCCCUGCAAGACUCAACGGGAGCUUCUCAUUGGAGCUGAGCCACAUUGUCCCCUGUGGCGAAGCCCCGCCUCGUCCUCUGGUGCUUGGCGCCCCCUGCUGGCCUACACUGGAAGAGUCCGCGGCCCUUUCCAGGUGACCUUCUCCUCAGUGGCGAGUGUGGCGCUGGACGAUGUGCAGUUCAGGAACUGUGGCCCCCAAAAGACCUUCCACAUGAGCCCCUUCGAGGAGGGCUGGUGUGGGUGGGCAGUGGAUGCCAACCAGAACCUCACCUGGGCAAGGAACUGCAGCUCCCAGGCGUCACCGUCCACAGCCCGCCCCACCUGCGACCACACCACGAACAGGCCCAAAGAUGACACAGAAUCAUAGAAUUCUAGAACUGCAGAGUUGGAAGGGACACUUCGGGUCACCUAGGCAGGAAUCUUUUGCCCAAAUUGGGGCUCGAACCCACAACCCUGAGAUUAAGAGGAGAAACCCAGCCAGAUGGAUGGGGACCAGGUCCGGAUCGUGGAGCUGCCCGUCGGCGCGCCAACAGACUAGCCCCUUUCUCCCCAGAAGGAUACCUGCCUCGCUGGCGGGUUGGACUGGAUGACCCUCGGAUCCCUUUCUGACUGGGCACGAUUUCUCUGGACGCGCCGAAGGCGGACGACACAAAACAAAGGAGAAAAGCGUGGUGUUAUUUCCGUAGCCGCUCUCGUCUUCCGUGAAAUAAAACGGGAUUUCAUCCCCCCAAAAUGGUGUCGGGGUGUCUGUGCACGAACAGGGCUCAGAGAGUUUGGGACGGAGGCGGGGAGGGGUGGAAACAGCCUGCUCCCGGGGCCGAGGAAGAGAUCCGUCUUGGUCCCCGGUUCGUGGGGGACUGGACUGGAUGCCUCUUGGGGUCCCGGCUCUAUCUUUUGGGUGGAGAUUCCUGCAUUUCAGGGGUCAAACUAGAUG